AUGGUGAAAGACAAAAAACGGAGGUCGGCAGAUACUACACUGGCCCCAGUUGAAGCGACACCAACAAAAAUAGAGAACGGCUUGACUCCAACAAAGAUCAUAACAAAAAUAAAUGGGAAAUCUGUGAGUUCAAGCUGUUUUUGUUUUGAAUUAAACUUUUCCAUGCCCUAGCUUUGAACUUUCAUUUCUUUUGAUGUUUGUCGUUUUCAGAUGGAACAUACGAACGGCCACAUCAGCAAGGAUGCUGCGAAAACGCCCACCAAAGAAAAAGAAAGCAAAAAUGAUGAUCGCACAUUAAGCUCGAGAGUUGCUUCAUCACAGUGAUUAACUAACGAAAAUUCCCAUUAAUUAAACGAAUUUUCAGAGAGACUACAAAAAAGCAAAGCACGGGCGGUUCUUUGUGCGUACUGUUAACUCAAGGUAUCAUGGCCAACGACGAGGAAAAGAUCAAUUCCGUUUUGCGCAACGAUAGAUCCGACGUUAUUCAUGUUGGAUAUUUCUGAUUUGAUUUCAAAAAAAAAACCAAAAUGUUGCAGAGCACACUUCGCGAGAUCCAGACGAUGCAUCUUCUUCCAUUAUUGAAGGCCAUUGAACUUCGAUUGCGAACUCGCAAAGCAGUGAAGUUAGUAAUUUCUGUAUUCUUGUAAUCUGUGCAUUUUUCAGUAUCAGACCAUGGCUUCGCUGGUCUCAGGCCCUUAUCUCUUUACAUAUGCCGUAUCUUAGCUCUGUGAGUUGGUCAUUUAUUCAUUUAUUUUUUUGAUGAUGAGUGCGAAAAAUCGCGAUGCUUAUUCAUUUAUUAUCCUUGUGAGUUAGUUUUUUUGAAUUCAAAUAUAUUUUUUUUCUUUUUAAAUUCUCUGUUACUUUUUUUAAUUACCGAAAAAAAUAUAAAUUUGAUAAAGCGAUAAUUAGGGAAAAAAAUGAGUUUCGUGGUAGAUAUUCCGGAAAAAUGAAAGUUAUGUUUGUUAUUUGUUGAGAUCUCUACUUGAAAUAAGUUCAAAACAAAAUAAUUCCUCAAAAAUCAUUUUCCACCACAAUAACGGCAUUUAAAUUAUGAUAACUGCGUAGAAACAAAAAUGGUUUCGGUUUUUCCUAUUUAAGAACCGACGUUGUAAUAAAUUAGAGAAGCAAAUAUUUUUUGAAGAAGUUAUUCACACCCUUCAAUUUUCUCCACACUUGCAGCUUCCUAAUUUGGAGAAAGAAGUUGGCGGUUUACUUGCGUGGAUGCGCUCCAGAGCCGAUCACCAGAAAGAGUUGCUUUCUCUGCAAGGAAAACUUUCCAUCAUUUCUGAUCAGGUUCAUUGGAAAACUUUCUCUUGUUCUAACUCUCCAAAAUUUCAGAUUCAACGGCGCACAAUGAAAGAUGUUGUUCCUCAACAACCAUUGAUCAUCUUUAAUAAUGGUUUUUUGGUUUUUUUUUUCUUCUUUUUCUAGUAUGUACAGUAGAAGUAUCUAGUUGAGAGAUUGAGUUGAAACGAGAAAAAUCAAUGUAUUUCUGUUUUUCAGGAAACUUGAAAAAAAUAUUUGGGUUUUUUUUCAAACUUUGAUAGUUUUGUUGUUUUUUAACGACGAAAGCAAUAAUAUCUUGUCAAAAAUUUCACUCCAAUACUUUCAAUUCUUGGGCUUUUCAGGUUUGUUUCGUAGCCUUUUUUAAGGAGAAAAGUUUCCAAUUUUUCGUUUAGCGAAGCUACUUUUUUGGUCGGUUUUUUUUUUUCAGUUCUCGUAUUUCUAGUUCAAAACGCAAAAGAUAUGCGUUAGCUGAUUGAUGACCCGAUAUUCAGUACCGUAAAAUAUGGGUUAACUUUCCAUUGUUUCGCCCUCUUUUCUCUUAUCGCCGAAUUAUACUCCGGCUAAUUUUUUUUUGGUUUGCACUCUUUUUCUUCUAGAGAACAAAUUUGAUGCAUUCGAAAACUCGUUCUUUAUCUAUCUGUAGUGUUAUUUUAAAAGCUCUUCGAUCGCGCAGAUUUUUCCUAAGCAUCAACGCUAUGUCUACAGUUAAUAAGUUUUUCAGUACUUUUCUUAAUCAGAAAAAAAAACGGAUACACGUAUUCAGGGUUUUGAAACAAUUUGAAACUGUAUGCUUUGACAAUCUAAUGGACUCGAUACUUUCGAAGAGUUCUUGGUGACCUUGACCAACUGUUCUUGACCGGAGAAGAACGGGAUAGUGUUUUUUGAAAUUCACACAAUAAUUCUUUAUUCUCCCAAGGUGGACAAAGCGAACCUUCACGUUGAAUUGUUGCAUAACUUGUAUUUUUUUAUCGUCAUGAACCUGGCUUGAGUUGCUUGAUUCCGUUAGAUUUUCUCUUCACUCUGGUUGUGUUGGAGUAGCGACGUUGAAAACCGUUCUUCUUGACCUAAAAAUUGAACAAAAAAGAGCCUAGUUUAAAAGUCGUCCUCUGUUUUCUAUGUGAAAAAAAAUUAAUUUUAUAUCAAUUUCAAAUUUGUUCUAAAAAUUCGAAAAUCGAAAAAAAAGGGAGGCAGUUUUAGUAACGUCAUCUCAAUUUGAAAUCCGACUUCCUGUUUUAUUUAUUUCUCGUCAUAUUCAAUCAACUCUGUGAGAAAUGUUCAUUUAUGGUAUGUUUUUAAAUUUCACCAGCCUUCAUAAAAUUGAUGCAUAAUUUGAAGUUUCAUUAAAACUUUUCAGGUCGUUUUUUUAAUAGAGUUUUAUUGAAUCGCUGUAAGAUAAAUUCUAGUUUCCUGCUAAAUUUUUUUUCCAGAGAAAUUGAAUUUUUUUAUUAUUGAUUAAAAAACGUAUUGAACUCCUAGAAAAAUUCUUGCAUUCUUACCUGUAGCCUGUUUUUUUAUAAAAAAUAAUGCUGAAGCCCGAGCAAUUUCGAUUAUUAGUCUCCUGGAAUAAAAAAAAACAUUUCCAUCAGUUAAAAUAAGAUUUCGAUUUCUCAUUCAUUUAAGAUGUCGACUCGGAUCCGGAUGACCUGGAAAGCCUGGGUUCGGAUGAAAGCGGCGAAAGCAGCGAAGAAGACUGGUGGGACGACAAAGAACUGAAGGGAGACGAAGGUGCGGAUGGUCCGACACCCCUCAAAUAUUUUUCUUUCCGUUUCAGACGAUGAAUCUGAAAACGAAAUAGAAGAAUCCGACGGCGAGGACGACGACUCUUCUGAGAACGGGAAUUUCGACGAGGACAUGCAAGAGGCCGGCGCUUCUGGUUCCGAGGUUCGUUUUGUUUGUGGGAUUGCGAACGAAAUUCAAUAGAUGAAAUCCCUCGAAUUUGCUUUUCAGUCAAUCAAUAUUUCUUCUUAUUCGAGAGGAUUCUGGUUCUUUUUCCAUAAAAAGAUGGGUAGUGACUCAAAAGAUUGUAGAAGAAUCUAAAAAGAGUUACUUUUGAAGCAUUAAAAACUAAUUUUUUUGUUUUAAUGAAUGGAAAGGUUUAUUCCUAAAAAAAUAUUUGAGUUCUUGCUGUAAGGAAGUUUGAGUCACAUUUUUUUCCGAAAAAAAGGAAGAGUAUCAACUAAAAAGAAAAAGUUAUUCAGAAAAAAAUAUUUUUUUGUCUCACCGAAGCUUGAAAAAUAGGAUCACAUUGCCUUAUGCCUUAUGAAAUUUCACCAUUUUUUUUAUUAAGACCUUUUUUGGUUCUCACAGAAAAGAUGAUAUUUUAUGUGAAAUUUUGGCCUUGAACGGUUUCUUGACCUUAAAAAGAGAGUAAAAUUUGAAAAAAAAAUUGGGGCCGUUUUAAAGCGCCUUUUCACACUGAUAUUACUGAAUCUCAGCCCCAGGCAUAAAUACACAUAAUAUACCAAAGUGAUAGAUUCCGAUUUAACUAGCCUUCUUAUCUCUGGGUGUUGAGAGAGUUGUGGACAAAGUUUUAAAUUGCCAUACUCUACUUGGGAGUGGAAGCCGAUGUGUUAGAUUAUAGAGAAAACUAUAAGUAGGAUACCAUUCACUCAUUUAUCAACAGCUCUCCCGACUUCUUAAAAUUUUUACAAAUGUCGUCCUCAUUUGUUCAAAAAAAGUUCUCUGGAACAAUUGGAAAAAAAAGGCAACUAAAUGAAAUUACCUUUAUUCACUAAUAAAAUUUGUGAAAAAAAAAAUUUUCAGGACGAUUCGGAGGUGGGAGAUGAAGAUGAAGACAUGGAACAAGGAUAA